UGGAGAGAGAAGUCAGUCGGGGUUGUAACCGGGCGACAGGCGUUUCGGGUUGACUGGGAUUGCAGCAGCUUUGAAGACAGACGCCAAAUCGUUUCCUCCGAGUGCUCUCCCAUUUAAAGCAGUGGUACAAACUUGCACCAUUGCGGUUUGAUCUUUCUGUGGGUACGAGGAACAGCCGAUGGUGCAUUAAACCUGCGUCUUUUUUUUAAAAAAAAAGUUUCUAAUUUACUGUGCUAGCGAUGAGAAACAGGAUAUUAUCCACACACCGAUGAAAGCAUCGCGAUUUUGGCCAAAUCUAGUCUAUAGGUAGUUUUUGAAUUCCAAGGGCUUGGAGCAAGAUCGGUUACAGCAGUAGGCUAUGAGAGAACGUAUUCGCUGUAGUUUCACUGGACACCCAUCACAUGUAGAAGGACUUUCCAGACAGCCGGGCAUGAUUCACAGGGCAAAGUACAACCGUUUCAGAAACGAUUCUUUAACAUCAUUAGACGACCCGCCAUCCAGUGCUUCACUAAGAGUCAAGAAUCCAUCCACCACCUCGUCUCCUUGCUCUUCGCUCACGCCCGGCUCCCCAGCAGAUGAACUUUCAUCUGAAGCAGAGGACAUUUCAACCACCCUGUGCACCUUCAUCCCCAAGAUGACCAAUCUGAAACUGUCUAACCCGGCCAGCUUGCUUGGCCUCAAAAGCUUUUCCCUGGGCGCGAAAGAAAUACCCAGAAUGAAACUGACCAACACCCUUAGUGCCCAGAGCCUCUCUCCCUCAGCUGUCGACCUAACCCGCUGCCUGUCUGCAUCCUCUCACCCCAAACAGGACCUCCCCAAGGUGACCACAAGCACAAUGCAGGUUGGAGGCGGACAACCCGUGAGCGAGGCCAAAGGGUGGCUGCAUCCUCGAGGUGAUGUCCUGGGCUCUGGCGCACUCUACGCUGUGCGAUAUAUGGGCUGUGUCGAAGUAUUGCAGUCAAUGAGGUCGCUUGACUUCAAUACAAGAACCCAAGUCACAAGAGAAGCAAUAAGCAGAGUGUGUGAGGCUGUACCAGGUGCAAAAGGUGCUACGAGGAGAAGAAAGCCUCCCAGUAAAGGGCUGUCUACUAUCUUGGGGAAGAGUAACCUCCAGUUUGCAGGAAUGAACAUCAUAAUGAGCAUCUCUACAAGCAACCUCAACUUGAUGAUCCCACAUUCCAAGCAGAUCAUUGCCAACCACCACAUGCAGUCAAUCUCAUUUGCCUCUGGAGGAGAUCCAGACACAACUGAUUAUGUUGCUUAUGUUGCCAAAGACCCAGUAAAUCAAAGAGCCUGCCAUAUUCUGGAGUGCUCUGAUGAUUUGGCCCAAGAUGUUAUAAAUACCAUAGGAAAAGCAUUUGAACUUCGCUUUAAACAAUACUUGAAGAGCUCACCUGUAGUUAUUACACCUAAUGAAAGAAGACCAGGCCUUGCAAUAUGGAAUGUGGAAAGUGAAGAAGAUCAGAAUCAUGGAUACUAUAACGAAAUCCCAAAUAAACCAGCACCUCCCGGAAGCCCACAGAGUGCAAAACUAAAAGAGGACUCUGCAGCCUACAAUAAUAAUAGUCAAUUAAAAAAGGAUGGAGACAUUUCACAGGCUGCUAGCCCAUCACCUAUCACCAUUUAUGAAAACUAUUCAGAUCCACACAAACAAACCUUCAUUAUGGCAGGCAAUUCGUGGACUAGAUUUCCACAGACCAAUAGUAACAUUCUGCCAAUCAAAGCCACCAGCAGAUCUGAUCUUUUUGAUGAUCCAUCUUACAUGAACACACAGAAUGUGGAGAACGUCACCUCUUCUGCCAGGGAUGGAGCAUCAGGACAGAUCUUUGCUAACAUGCGCAAAGAUGUAUAUGACCAAAAACAUGCUGAUGUUGCUCAGGGCAGUGCAACAGUCAACAACUCUACAGCUGUUCCAUUGCCCACUACCCUGUCUUCCAUGAGGGCACAGCUGAUGAAGGAAAUCUGGUACCGUGGAAGGAUGAGCAGACAGGAAGCUGAGAGGCUGCUGAUAAAAGAUGGUGAUUUUCUGGUGCGGGAAAGCAUGACCACACCAGACCAAUAUGUCCUGACCGGGCUGCAGGGUGGACAAGCUAAGCACUUGCUACUGGUGGACCCUGAAGGCUUGGUGAGAACAAAGGACCGGAUAUUUGAUAGUGUCAGUCAUUUGAUCAGCUACCAUGUGGACAACCAGCUGCCAAUCAUCUCAUCAGGAAAUGAACUCUAUCUUAAAAGAACUGUCUAAAACAAACAGUAAGGAACUUGGACAAAGGAGUUUGCUUUUGGAUAUAGCCAUUUGCACUUGCCAGAAUAUUUCAGAAAGCUGUCUUAUUAGUGGGAAACCAUGGACUGACUGCGUAGUUCCUUUCAAGAAAUUUAAAAAAUGUAAAAAAAGAUAUUGUGGGCUGCAAUGAUCACAAUCACUUUGCACUUCUGACUUAAAGUGUUUGCUAGAAGAAAGUAAUAACUUUAACAUGUGUCAGUGUAUAUAAUGAUAUUUUAGGAACAUAAAUCAAGAAAUAACAACAGAGUAAUCACAUAUACUGUGUGAAUGUUUGUUUUCUUUAUUUCUAAGCACAAAUGGCAUUGAGAACAUGCAAAAGCCAAUCCUAAUGAGCUGCAGACCAUAAAAAUGUGCCUUGAUUCUAAAGAGAUAUUACAGCAUAUGAAGAAGCUUUUCUUUUACAAAUGGUUUAAUUUGUUGUAUACAGGUCCGCUUUUGUUUGAAACCUGUUUCACUGCCUUUACACCAGAAUUCUAGGAAGCAAAAACCUUUAGGAAAUGGAAUGGAGUUCAGUAUUGCUUUGCUCUGUGCUAAGACCAUUUGCAUUUUGAGUAUCAAUCCCUUAUUGCUUUGAAAAGCACUUUACCAAUGCAGGGCUUUACUGUUUCUCUUUCUUUUGAAAUAUUAAAAGAUUUAUCACAAAUAUAUUAUAUAUACACGUACGUGUGUAUUUACAUAUGCAUAUUAAAUAAAUCAGUUAAAUAUUUCUAAUGGAAAAUUGAUUUUUCACCUUCAAGUUAUGUUAUUUACUAGUGUUCUGAAGCUGUUAGGAAAACAAAACCUGUGCAGGAUCAGACAAAUCUUUUUGUAAAUGAUAAAUAGUGGAUAAUUUUGGAUAUGGCUUGUUAAUUCUAUAAGUGUAUCCGCUUGCUGUAUAUUGUGAAGGGUAACAAAGAGAAAAUUAGAAUUCCAGAAGCAGAGUAAUAUUUUUGGCUGAGUUUCCACAUUGAAGAACAAUAUAAAUGUGACGAUUAUUUUCAUCCUUGUAUCAAAGCAUGGCACGAUUAUGAGAUUUCUUUUACUGUUCUUCUCCCAUGUCUGCCAUUGUCUGACUUAGUGCCAGACUUCAAAGAACGGAUACUAGAUAUUUCCGUUGCAUGAUGACUCCAUCUAAUUGAAACAGUUUAUUAAAGCAAAUCAGUUAAUGAAGUAUUUUUAAGGCUGAAAAAUUUUAAAUGGUGCAUGACUUCAAUUGCAGUGUCAUUUGUAAAUAAUUCUGUGCAGCUCUGCUGUGCACUUUUGUGAAGAAUAAAAGGUUAUUUUAUUCACUGCUA